CGUAUGUAUAUUUAAGUUAGAAAAUUUUGUGUGUCAUUUGUCCAUGUAUUAAAUCGAAAUUUGGCGCGUGGAAAUCGUUGCCCAAACAUAUUGACGUCAUUUUUCUUCUUCUUCUCCUCUAUAAUAAAGUAGACUUCUGUGAACGCGAAAAAAAAAAAAAAAACUGUAUCCAAUUUUCUGAUUUCGUUUUUCCUUCUUUCCUUCAAUAAGUAACUCUACACUGAAUCAACUCCUCUGAUUUCUCGAUAAAAAUCUAGAGGCAAGAUUCCCCACGGAAUUAAGGUUUCUUUGUUAACCUCUCCAUUGAAGAUAUGGGGGAACUAAACGGAGUCAUCAUUCCGACUAUAGACUUGGAAGAGGUUUCUGAUAAGAUUCUGAAUCAGAAAAUCCGUGAAGCCAGUGAGAGAUGGGGAUGUUUCAGGGUGAUAAACCAUGGAGUUUCAUUGUCUUUGAUGGCUGAGAUGAAGAAGACUGUUAUUGAUCUCUUUCAACGUCCAUACGAGGUGAAAGUGCGUAACACCGAUGUGCUCCUAGGGAGUGGUUACAGAGCUCCAAACGAAAUCAAUCCUUACUAUGAAGCAUUAGGUCUCUAUGACAUGGCUUCUCCUCAUGCUGUCAAUACCUUUUGUGACCAACUCGAAGCUUCUGCAGAUCAAAGGGAGAUUAUGGUGAAGUAUGCGAAGGCUAUCAAUGGACUUGCAACGGAUUUAGCGAGGAAAUUAGCAGAGAGUUACGGGCUGGUUGAGACCGACUUUUUCAAAGAAUGGCCGAGCCAGUUUCGGAUUAACAAAUAUCAUUUUAAACCCGAAACAGUCGGGAAACUCGGUGUGCAACUACACACGGAUUCAGGGUUCUUGACGAUUCUUCAAGAUGAUGAAAAUGUUGGUGGACUUGAAGCUAUGGACAAUUCUUCAGGAACCUUUUUCCCCAUAGACCCGUUGCCAAACACGCUUGCUAUCAACCUCGGGGACAUGGCUACGAUAUGGAGCAACGGAAGAUUGUGCAAUGUGAAGCAUAGAGUGCAAUGCAAAGAAGCAACAAUGAGGUAUUCCAUCGCCUCGUUCUUAUUAGGACCAAUGGAUACAGAUUUGGAACCUCCAAGUGAGUUUGUGGAUGCAGAACAUCCGCGACUAUACAAGCCUAUUAGUCACGAAGGGGUACGAAAUAUUAGAAUGACUAAAAAAUUGCAUGAUGGAGAAGCUCUCAAGCUUAUAACCCAUGCAGGACUAGAUAAAUGACCUAAAUGGCAUUUUAAGAUGGUAGCGCUAUGGAGCCAGAAAACAGCAAUUUCUUACCUAAGAAUGAGAAAUAAAGAUGUAUUAAAAUGUAUUACCUAUUGGAUUGUUGCAAUAUAUGAUCUUUUUUACCUUGAGAUCUUUGUGGAUGCAAUACUACUACUAUUGAUCCUCUGUUUGUUGGUGGUACUUCUAGAGAAAUUUUUUUUUAUCAAAAUCAUAUUUAGUUACUAUGGAGUUAAUUCUGUUUUUAUAGUUCUAAAGCUCUGUUUUUCUUUGCUUCCAAGUUUCAAAAUAUUCUACUAAAGGUUGCUUAUAAU